AUGGCUACACCGAAACAACACGUUGAAGAGAUACGGAGAACUAAGUUCUCUAUUGGCGGGAAACCUAAUCCAUUGACUGAAGAUCUUCAUCACGCUGUCAAGAAUCUCUCCGCUGAACUUUAUGCUAAAGAUGUUCAUUUCCUCAUGGAGCUUAUUCAAAAUGCUGAAGACAACCAUUAUAUUGACGGAGAGAGUCCAACACUAGAGUUUGUCAUAACUUCUGAUGACAUUACUGGUACUGGUGCGCCAGCCACAUUACUUAUUUUCAAUAAUGAAAAGGGUUUUUCUCCAAAAAACAUUGAGUCCAUCUGCAGUGUUGGACGAUCAACAAAGAAAGAUAAUAGGAGCAGUGGUUACAUUGGAGAGAAAGGUAUUGGUUUCAAGAGCGUGUUUCUUGUUACUGCUCAGCCUUACAUUUUUAGCAACGGAUAUCAGAUAAGGUUCAACGAGAGGCCUUGUCCAAAUUGCAGAAUUGGAUAUGUAGUUCCCGAGUGGGUUGAGGACAAGCCAACCCUCGUGGACAUAAAGAAGAUAUAUGGUGCUGGUAAAGAUUCUCUUCCAACUACAACAAUUAUCUUGCCUUUGAAGCCGGGUAAAGUCAAACCUGUUAAAAUGCAGCUCUCAAGCAUUCAACCGGAAGUUUUAUUGUUCCUUUCAAAAAUCAGACACCUUUCUGUCAGAGAUAAUGAUGAGGACUCCAAACAGAAGACUGAAACUUCCGUAUCUAUUUCAAGCGAGAUUAACUUUGUGACAAGGAAAAACAUGAAUGCCGAGUCUUAUACAGUCCAUCUAUCUGCCGGGAAAAAUAGUACUGACGAAAAGGAAUGCAGUUACUACAUGUGGAAGCAGAAGUUUCCAGUCAAGUUGAAAAAUGUGGUGGAAAGGAGAAGGGGUGUGAAAGAGUGUGUUGUGACAUUGGCCUUCCCACAUCAGGAGAGGCUUCACAAGGAUAAGAGCUUACCAGGGGUUUAUGCAUUUCUUCCUACAGAGAUGGUCACUUAUUUUCCUUUCAUAAUUCAAGCUGAUUUUGUUCUUGCCUCGUCAAGGGAGACAAUUCUCUUCGAUGAUAAGUGGAAUAAAGGGAUACUUGAAUAUGUUCCAUCAGCUUUUGUAGAUGCAUUCAAAACACUUAUCACUGGUUCAGAUGAAGUUCCAGUCUCCAGCUUGCCAUAUAUGCUCAAGUUCCUUCCAGUUUGUAGUUCUCCUUUUGAAAACUUCAAUCAGGUGAGGCAGAAAAUCAGAUCAAAACUGACUGAAGAAAAGAUCUUACCUAUUGAGACAUUCACAAACCAGAAGCACUUCUAUAAGCCUCGCGAAGUUAGCAGACUACUACCUAGCUUUUGGAAUAUUUUGACAAAAGCUCAGAAGGAGGGAGUGUACUUGCUUGAUCUGUCUUCUCAUGAUGGGAUGAAAAUAUUGAGUUCUUCAUUUGAUAAAAGCGAGUAUGAAUGCGUACUCAAUUUUUUAGGGGUGAAACUGGUGAAUUUUGAUUGGUAUGCAAAGUGCAUCCAGAGUUCAAAUCUUGUGGACGGAGUAUCAGAAAAUAUCUAUCUUGAGCUUUUAGUGUUUGUUUCUAGAUUUCCGUCAAAGCUUGCUGAUGAUAUUCCAUUGAUUAAAUAUGUGGCUUCUGAUGGGAUUCUGUCUUUUUCCAGUCUUAAUGAAUGCAGGCAUCUAGGUGCUGGUGCCAGGUGUUUAGUACUAGCAUCCUCAACUAGGAAUUGUCCUUGUUCUUGGCUGAUCAAUUGGAACAAUAUAUUUGCAUGCGUGACAAACCAGUUUUUUAUGCCCGAAAGCACACAACAAGCUCUCUUCCAAUCGCGCGAUAAGCUUCAUUUGUUGGGAUGGCUAAGAACUGUUAAUAUCCGUACUCUAGAUGUGUAUAGUUUUGCAUUUGCUCUCUGCAGUUCUAUUAAUAAUAACUGCAAGCUCGCCAUUGCUUAUGCUCAUUUCUUAUACCACUCUUUCUCAAAGGGUUAUUUGUCAAGUCAUGAGGUUAAUGCUCUACGUAGUUCUAUUCCACUUGUGGACAAGUUUGGACGUAUAACUAAAAGCAUAAACGGAGUUCUUCUUCCUGCAAAUGUGAGCAAAUGGGCAGAUUUGAUUGGUUCUAAUCCAUGGAGAAAUGAAAAUUAUGUUGAGUUAGGAAAGGCUUACCUAAAUGAUUCUUCUUAUGCUGGCCAAUAUACAGAUUCAGGGAAGCUUAUUGAAUUCCUCAAAACCUUUGUUGGAGCUUCUGACAUACCUUAUAUAUCUCCUCCAAAUGCUGGCUUUUCAGCAGCGGAUACACCACUUACCAAAGACAAUGCCUUUUUACUUUUAGAUUGGAUUCGGGAGCUGAAGAAAAGGGGAGUUGGCCCACCAAAGAAGUUCUUGGAAUGUAUAAAAGGGGGCAGAUGGCUUAAAGUUACAGGCAAUGUAUACAUGCCCCCUUCUAAGUCAUUCUUAAUUGGCUCAUCAUUGGGAAAGCUUUUGCAGAGUGGUUCAGUUCUUGUUGACAUUCCCCUGAUUGAUGAGAUGUUCUACGGGGAUAGAAUAAAUGAAUACAAAGAGGAAUUGGAAACGGUUGGAGUGAUGUUCAAUUGUGAGGAAGCAUGUGAAUUCAUUGGAAGAGAGCUAAUGUCUCGAGCAGCUUCUUUCUCUUUACAUAGGAGUCAUGUUCUUUUGAUGCUUAACUUCAUCCAAUAUCUCAAGAAAAGUCUUCUUCCUCUGGACAAAUUUGUCAACAGCAUCAAAGAAGGGACUUGGCUUAAGACUUCUUGGGGCUUUAGGUCUCCUGUGGGAUCUGUCUUGAAUGAUUCCGGAUGGCAAGUUGCGUCACAAAUUAGUAACAUCCCUUUCAUUGAUCAAUCUUAUUUUGGUAAAGAAAUAUAUAGUUACAAAGAAGAGCUCAAGUUGCUAGGAGUGAUAGUUGAUGCAAGUGGAAAUUACCAAGUUGUCGUUGAGCAUUUAAAAUUACCCUCAGAUUUGGCCUCUUUGACAGCUGAAGCUUUUCUUUUGAUAAUGGAAUGCAUCAGGCACUCAGAUACCCCUAUUAAUCUCUUAAAUUUACUUAAGGGAAAAAACUGCUUGAAGACAAACAUGGGUUUCAAAAAACCAGGUGAAUGUUUCUUGUAUGACCCAGUAUGGGGCUGCAUUUUGGAGGUAUUUGAUGAUCUUCCUGUUAUUGAUCAUAAAUUUUAUGGGGAGAAGAUUUUCAGUUUCAAAGAUGAAUUGAAGCAAACAGAGGUGUUGGUUGAUUUUAUGGAUGCCAUCAAAAAAUUUGCUAGUCUCUUCGAACGAAAGGCAUCGGAAGCUUCAAUUAACCAACAAAAUGUCAUCUCAUUUCUCUCUUGUUGCAGGCUGCUGGAGGGAACUGACUAUAGUUUUCCUUCUGAAUUCAAAACCACCAUACGUAAAUCGAAGUGGUUGCAUACUAGUGUUGAUGGUUUUAGGUGCCCAAAACAAUGCAUUUUAUAUGGUCCGGAGUGGAAAUUGAUAUCUUCUAUAACUUGUCUCCCUUUCAUUGACUACAGUGAUAAAUGUUGUGGUUUGGGAAUAUAUGAGUACAAGGCAGAGCUGAAGAGCAUUGGCGUUGUCACGGAAUUCAAAGAUGGAUUGAGGUUUGUGCCCGAAUGUCUGAAUUUUCCUUCAGAUCUCUCCACCAUUAGUCCUGAAAGUGUAUUUUCUUUUCUGGAAUGCGUCCAACUUCUAAUGCAAGAUAACAAGCUUUCCUUCAGCGAUGAUUUCAGAAAAAGAUUGUCCGAAUAUUGGUUGAAGACACAUGCUGGUUAUAGGCCUCCAGAGAAGUGUUUGUUGUUUGAUUCCAAGUGGAGUUCUUUCUUGAAUCCAACUGAUGGGCCUUUUAUUGAUGAAAAUGUUUAUGGACCUAAUAUUGCAUCUUUCCGGAAAGAACUCAAUGCAAUAGGAGUCAUUAGUGAAGUUGAGAAAGGGUGCUCCUUGCUUGCCAGUCACAUUGAGUCUCUAUCCGAUCAUGAUACCAUUGUGAAAAUAUAUAAGUACUUAUGUGAACACAACUGGAAACCUGAGGAGAGAGCUGCAAGAAAGGUUUGGGUUCUGGAUGGAAACAAAGGUGGCAAGUGGGUUGAUUCUAAAGAGUGCAUGGUUCAUGACCCUGCUAAACUUUUUGGUUCAAAAUUUUAUGUUCUAGAUGAUAUCUAUGAUGACAGCAGUAUUCUUCUUUUUUUCUACUUUGCAAUGGAAAUCAAGAAUAAGCCUUCGCUAGAAGAUUAUGUUGACCUUUGGAAUGAAUGGGGGAGGUCAAUAGAGCAAUUGUCAUAUGAUGAGUGCUGCAGGUUCUGGACGUCUAUCUCGAAACAUCUGAGCACAAAUGAAGAGAAAAAACUUGCAGGGAGUCUGAUGAAACUACCAACAACAUCAGGAAAUAAUGAAAUAUUUCUGGUAGAUAGGGAAGAUGCUUUUAUCCCUGAUAACCUUCAUAUGAAGAAGCUUUUUGAGAUGAUGAAACUACCAACAACAUCAGGAAAUAAUGAAAUAUUUCUGGUAGAUAGGGAAGAUGCUUUUAUCCCUGAUAACCUUCAUAUGAAGAAGCUUUUUGAGAAGGAAAAGGUUUUUGUAUGGUAUCCUCAGUAUAACAUGACACCAUUGUCCAAGUGUAAACUAUCUGAGAUUUACAGAAAAAUUGGUGCUAGAAAUAUCUCUGAAUCACUAUCCAAAGAAGAAUCAUCCUUAGUGAAUGAUGGCGAUAAACUGAAGUAUGUUGAUCCAAAUAACAUUUUCAACUUGAAGGGGUUGGUUAAGCUUAUUCUUGGUUUUCUUGCAUGUUCUAGCCUAAAAAUGGAACCUAAAAAGAGACAUGAAGCUGUUCAAAGUCUUAUCAACUUGAGUUUCCACGAAACAAUGGAGCCACUCGAUGUAAGCUAUAGUUUAUCACUAUCAUCAGGGGACAUCAUUACCAAGAAAGCAAACAAAAGGGUACGUUGGGAAAGUCAAAGUUGCAACUUUAUCAUCCAAAAGUCGGAUGGAGUUCCUGGUGAUUCAUUGAAAUAUGCUUCGAAUUUCUCUGAAGCAAUAUCUGAGGGUGUUUUGUGUGAGAACCAUGAUUAUGUCCCUGCACUGUCUGAACUAAUCACAUUGGGUUUUGUUAUGAAAUUCAAGAAUGAAGAAGUUGAUUUUCUAAUGGAAUCCAAGAAUCUGCAGAUUGACCUUGAAGACGAGGAGUUCCUCAGUUCUGCCUUCCCUUUCGACUAA